UUCUCCUAUAUGGCUGCGACUCGCUGCGAGUCAGCCGGCAGCAGCAGUAGCAGCGCAUACAAUAUGAACGUGCCAAAUCACAUUGCAAUAGUGGGCGCGGGAGUUAUUGGGGUGACAUCUGCCCUAGCAGUACAACAGGCAUUUCCAGCUGCUGAGGUGACUAUUUUUUCUGAGAUCUUUUCACCAUACACAACGGGAGAUGGAAGUGCAGGUCUUUGGAGUCCAUUCGUUCUUGAAAAUACCGAUCCGACGAAAAUAUUACGUUGGUCUACGCUAACUCAUAGAUGGAUGGAGAACUUUUGGAAAAAGGGUUUGGCUGCAGAUAUUGGUCUUUGUUUAUUGCCAUUAUAUCGAGUCACACAUGAGCCAGAGGGGUAUCCUUUACCUGAUUGGGCAUCUGCAGCUUAUGGUGCUUAUGAGUUAUCAGAUGAUGAAUUAGAGAGUUUCAAUAAACGCCAUAAAUCUAAAUAUGGUGGGGCCAUUCAUUUUGUUACUUACACCUGUGAAUCUACAAAGCUUUUGCCGUGGUUGAUGGAAAAAUUCAAGCAAAGCAAUGGAAAAAUUGUUGAAAGAAAAGUUCAAAGCUUGGAGAAUUUAUACCAUGAAGGAUAUGAUGUUAUUAUAAACUGCACUGGAAUGGGAUCGAGAGAUCUUUUGAAAGACAAAUCACUUGUACCAGUUCGGGGACAAGUUACUAGAGUUAAAGGACCGUGGUUAUUUGAGGUAAUGCUGGAAGAAGAUGGCGACGGAAAUUACGUCAUUCCAAAUGUAGAUACGGUAAUACUCGGAGGAACAAAACAAAAGGGUGAUUUUGAUAUUUCUGUAAGAGAAGACGAUUUAUCUGCAAUACGUGUAGGUUGUGAACGAAUGUAUCCAUCGAUUAAUAAAUGCCAAGAAUUAACUCAUUGGGUGGGACUUCGACCGGUGAGAAAAGAGGUACGCUUAGAGAAAGAAACUGUUAGCUAUUCUGACUCAAAAAAUCUGACGAUAAUUCACAAUUACGGUCAUGGAGGAAGUGGUGUAACGCUCUGUUGGGGAUGCGCUUUGGAUGUAGUACAAAUACUGCAACAGCACUGCGAAAUUAAAAAUCUAUCUAAAAAAUGAUUCUAGUAUUUACUACUCGAUUAGUUAUAAAUUAAUUGUAUUAAUGGAUGUCAACAUCAUUUAAAACAUAGAUUUGAAAAUUAUAUUACAUAUUUAUUGUAACAAAUAAUUAUGUUUAAAAAUUUA